AAGUGUAUGGAGACUUUACAUGACAUAAAUAUGGAUAUAUAAUAUAAACUAAUACGUGUUGAACCCGCCCACUGUGUUGAAACAGGAAGUACAUUUAUAAGGAAGUAGAUGAAUAAAUGGACAUCAUCGGUCGAAGAAAAAAUGUUUCUGAGAUAGCUGAUGAGUCUCUGUGGGGAGAGAUAGGAGGGGACCACUGCCUCUGAAAUGAGUCUCUCUGGGGAGAGCGAGAAGAGAGGCACUGCCUCUAAGAGGAAGUAUUCUGACCGAGAGGAGGGGGCCACACCCUCUAAAAAGAGUCUGCCUCAAGACACCAGUUCUAAGAGUGACCAGAAGCCCAGAGCAGAGUUACCUACACCCAGCCUGCAAUCAAUGAAGAGUAAUCAGUCAAUGGGUAAUCCACCUACUUUCAGCCAGGAACCAUUACCAGAUGACAAUAAGGAAGUGGAGAGUUUGGACAGUGAGGAUGCAUUAAAGAUCACACACAACCUUCUGGACAGAAGAAGUCAAACUCUGCUGACAGUCCAACAAGACAUUAAGGCUAAACUGAAACACAAGUAUCAACACAUAUCUGAAGGAAUUGGACACCAUGGAAACCAAAGUCUGUUCAAGGACAUCUACACAGAGCUCUACAUCACAGAGGGUGGAAGUGGAGGGCUCAAUAAUGAACAUGAGGUGAGACAGAUAGAGAUGGCAUCCAAGAAACAAACCACACAAGAGACACCAAUCAAAUGCAACGACAUCUUCAAGCCUUUACCUGGACAAGACAAACCUAUCAGAACUGUGCUGACAAAAGGAAUCGCUGGCAUUGGAAAAACAGUCUCUGUGCAGAAGGUCAUCCUUGACUGGGCAGAGGGAAAAGCAAAUCAGGACGUUCAUUUCAUGUUUCCUCUUCCUUUCCGUGAUCUGAACCUGAAAAAGGACCAAUACAGUCUGAUGCAACUUCUUUCCCACUACUUCCCAGAGCUGAAAGAGAUUGACAGCAUUGAAGAUGGUGAAACCAAAACUGUUUUCAUUUUUGAUGGUCUGGAUGAGUCUCGACUUCCUCUAGACUUCAAAAACAAGGAGAAGUGCUGUGAUGUCACGAACCCAACCUCAGUGGACGUGCUGCUGACAAACCUCAUCGAGGGGAAUCUGCUUCCCUCUGCUCUCCUCUGGAUAACCACACGACCUGCAGCAGCCAAUCAGAUCCCUCCUGAUUGUAUUAACCGGGUGACAGAGGUACGAGGGUUCAAUGAUCCACAGAAGGAGGAGUACUUCAGGAAGAAAAUCAUAGAUCAGAAUCUUGCCAAUGAUAUCAUCAAACACAUGAAGACAUCAAGGAGCCUCCACAUCAUGUGCCACAUGCCAGUCUUCUGUUGGAUAUCAGCCACUGUCCUUGAGAUGAUACUGAAAGAGGCAUGGAAGGAUGAAGUCCCCAAAACUCUGACCCAGAUGUACUCACACUUCAUACUCAUCCAAAUCAUUGUGAAGAACAGGAAGUACAACAAAGCCACAGAGACAAACCCAAAGGAACUGUCUCAGUCAGACAAAGAGAUGAUCCUGAAACUGGCAAAGCUGGCUUUCCAACAGCUGCAGAAGGGCAACCUGAUCUUCUAUGAGGAGGACCUGAGAGAGUGUGGCCUUGAUGUCACAGAGGCAUCAGAGUACUCAGCGUUGUGUACAGAGAUCUUUAAAGAAGAAUCUGGGCUGUACCAAGACAAGGUCUACAGCUUUGUGCAUCUGAGCAUUCAGGAGUUUCUAGCAGCAGUGCAUGCUUUAGAAUCAUGUCUGGACAAGAAGGAAAAUGUUUUCUCCCCCACUAGUGAUGAUGAAGAAGAUGAGGAGGAGAAGGAUGAUGAAGAGGAGGAGUCAAUCCAGUUGUCUGACUUACACAGGAGCGCAGUGGACCAGGCCUUGAAGAGUGAGAAUGGACACCUGGACCUGUUCCUCCGCUUCCUUCUGGGUCUCUCACUGGAGUCCAAUCAGAAUCUGUUACGAGGCCUUCUGACACAGACAGGAAGUAUAACACAGACCAAUGAGGAAACAGUUGAGAGAACAGUCAGGUACCUUUCAGACAAGAUCGUGGAGGAAUCCUCACCAGAAAGGAUCAUCAACUUGUUCCACUGUCUGAAUGAACUUGGUUCCAACUCUCUAGUUGAAGACAUGCAGACCUCGCUUCGAUCAGGAACUCUUUCAGAAACAAUACUAAAACCUGACCAAUGUUCAGCCCUGGCCUACCUGUUACUGAUGUCAGAGGAGGUGCUGGAGGAGUUUGACCUGAAGACAUACAACACAUCAGAGGAAGGUUAUCAGAGGUUGCUGCCAGUCGUGAAAACCUGCAAGAGAGCACUACUGGAUGGCUGUGAACUCACAUAUAAAUCGUGUGAGACUCUGGCCUCAGCUCUGCAGACACCAAACUCCCCCCUGAGAGAACUGGACCUCAGCUACAAUGACCUGAGAGACAGAGGAGUGGAGCUGCUCUGUGUUGGACUAACCAGCCCACUCUGCAACAUACAGACACUAGAACUUCAUGGCUGUAAAGUCACAUAUAAAUCAUGUGAGACUCUGGCCUCAGCUCUGCAGACACCAAACUUCCCCCUGAGAGACCUGGACCUCAGCUACAAUGACCUGGGAGACAGAGGAGUGGAGCUGCUCUGUGUUGGACUAACCAGCCCACUCUGCAACAUACAGACACUAGUUCUGGGUCAGUGUGGUCUGACAGAGGGUUGCUGUUCAGAUCUGGCCUCAGUCCUGAGUUCACCCAACUCACAACUGAAACAACUGGAGCUGAGAAACAAUGACCUGCAGGACUCAGGAGUUACACUGCUGUCUGCUGGACUGGAGGAUCCAGACUGUAAACUACACACACUGGGGCUGUCUGGCUGUCUGGUCACAGAGGAGGGCUGUGCUGCUCUGUCUUCAGCUCUGAGGUCAAACCCCUCACACCUGAAAGAGCUGGACCUGAGCUACAAUCACCCAGGAGACUCUGCAGGAGGACUGCUUUCAGCUGCUCUGGUGGAUCCCACAUAUAAACUGUUGAAGCUGAAUGUGGAUCAUGGUGGAGAGUGCAGGCUGAAAUCAGGGCUGAGGAAAUAUGCCUGUCAUCUCACCCUGGACCCAGAUACAGCAAACCCAAACCUGAUACUGUCUGAGGGGAACAGGAAGGUGACACGGGUGGAAGAGGAGCAGCAUUAUGAAGACCAUCCAGACAGAUUUGACGCAUAUCCCCAAGUUCUCUGCAGAGAAGGCUUAUCUGGAUGUCGUUAUUACUGGGAGGUGGAGAGGGGUGGUGACAUGGCUGACAUUGGUUUGGUGUACGAAGGACUGAAGAGGAAGGGAGAUGAGGAUGACAGUAGGAUUGGAUCCAAUAGGGAGUCCUGGUGUUUAGUCUGCUCUUAUAGUGGUUCUACAUUUUUCCAUGCUGGAGUCAGUAGGAGAUCCAUCCCUCGUCCUGAUUCUAACAGAGUUGGAGUGUAUCUGGACUGGCCAGCUGGUACUUUGACCUUCUAUAGUGUGUCCUCCUCUGGGACACUGACACACCUUUACACAGAACACACCACAUUCACUGAACCCCUCUAUCCUGGGUUUAAGGUUUACUCCUCCUCAGUGACCCUGUGUCAGAUAGAUGACCAACACAUUCAGAGAGACCAUGGUGGAGAGUGUUGGAUCAAGCCUGGACCUGAGGACACCAGAGACCAUGGUGGAGAGUGUUGGAUCAAGCCUGGACCUGAGGACACCAGAGACCAUGGUGGAGAGUGUUGGAUCAAGCCUGGACCUGAGGACACCAGAGACCAUGAUGGAGAGUGUUGGAUCAAGUCUGGACCUGAGGACACCAGAGACCAUGGUGGAGAGUGUUGUGUCAAGCCUGGACCUGAGGACACCAGAGACCAUGGUGGAGAGUGUUGGAUCAAGCCUGGACCUGAGGACACCAGAGACCAUGGUGGAGAGUGUUGGAUCAAGCCUGGACCUGAGGACACCAGAGACCAUGGUGGAGAGUGUUGUGUCAAGCCUGGACCUGAGAAAUUGAUUCCUCAGAGCUGUAAGACUUGUGACCAUGUUGAGGACUCCACACACUGGCUUCAGAUUGAACCCUUGACUUCCACUGUCCAGGGAGUGACAAUGUUCAGACACAGGACACCCAAAGGGAGUUAUGAGUGCACAGUGUCUGGGCUCCGCUGGCUGUGUGAGAGAGAUGUCAUUCUGAAGUAUCACUUCAGGAACUGGGAUCCCUACAGUCAACUUCUGAAAGACAUGCAGUACACACAAGGUGGUCCAUUGCUGGACAUCACUAUGGAGUUAGGUGAACUGGAGGAAGUUCAUCUGCCACACUUUGUCUGUUUAGGGAACAACCCUUCCCUGAGGAAUGAGAUGAAGAUUCUUCAUGUAGAGGAACAUGGAGUGUCUUUAGAGGAAGUGCAUGAGGUCAACAGAUUCCAUGCUAAGAUUCUCCAUCCCAAGUUCUCAGCUAUCUCUCUGAUACUGAGAUUACUGUCUUGGAACGUAGACGUCCACUGUGAGCUGAUGCUCUAUCUGACAGUGAUGAAGGAAACACUAAUUUCUCGCCUAUACCUGUUCCCCUGGAACCCCGGCCAAAUACAGGCUGUGGAACAACAGGAGUCAAAGUUUCAAGGGUCUAAAAGGUUUCCCAUCACAAGACCAGAGCAGUCCUUCAAACUAUAUAGUUCCAUCAGACUGAACAUUCCCUGUUCUACCUCCAUCAAUCCACAGAAGAUUCAUUUCAUACAAAGAGACACCACACCAAGCUUUUUCAAGGCGGUUGUGAAAAUGACAGGGAUUGACAUUGAGAUGGAGUUAUUCAGUGAUGAUGAGAGGACAGUAUGGAAAGAAAAUGUACCAAAAGAUGAGUACAUCACUGACACCCGUUCAACAAGUGCUGUAUCGGGGGCAGGGGGUCCGGCUGAGAGCAGUCUGACUGGUUCUGCAGAGCACCAGCUGCUUUCUGUACGGACAGAGUUUGUGAAACGAGUAUCAGGACCUGUCCUGAAUGAACUGCUGGACGGACUCCGGCAACACACAGUCAUCAACCAGGAGGAAAUGGAGUCAGUGAAGGUGAUCGCUGAGAGGGCAGAGAAGGCACGUGACAUCAUCGACAUGGUGUUGAGAAAAGGAACUGAGUCGUGUUCCAGGAUGAUCAACCUUCUUGGGGAGCUGGACCCUUAUCUUUGUUCACAGCUUCAGAUCAACAGUGUUGGGGUACCAACCUAAUGGUAGAAUGGAUAGUAACAGUGUUGGGGUACCAACCUAAUGGUAGAAUGGAUAGUAACAGUGUUGGGGUACCAUCCUAAUGGUAGAAUGGAUAGUAACAGUGUUGGGGUACCAACCUAAUGGUAGAAUGGAUAGUAACAGUGUUGGGGUACCAACCUAAUGGUAGAAUGGAUAGUAACAGUGUUGGGGUCCCAACCUAAUGGUAGAAUGGACAGUAACAGUGUUGGGGUACCAUCCUAAUGGUAUAAUGGAUAGUAACAGUGUUGGGGUACCAUCCUAAUGGUAGAAUGGAUAGUAACAGUGUUGGGGUACCAACCUAAUGGUAGAAUGGAUAGUAACAGUGUUGGGGUACCAACCUAAUGGUAGAAUGGAUAGUAACAGUGUUGGGGUACCAACCUAAUGGUAGAAUGGAUAGUAACAGUGUUGGGGUACCAACCUAAUGGUAGAAUGGAUAGUAACAGUGUUGGGGUACCAACCUAAUGGUAGAAUGGACAGUAACACUCCUACUCAACACCAUGGGGUGUAUUCCCUAGGAAACAGACCUGAUCCUAGAUCAACACCAUGGGGUGUAUUCCCUAGGAAACAGACCUGAUCCUAGAUCAGUCAGGACUCCUACUCAACCAAACUGAAUUUGUCCAAAAUAAACGCUUUUUUGUUGUUGUUGCAAAACGUUAUGCUACGGUGGGUGACUAAUAAAUCCACCCCUGAUCUGUAAUUCUUUGUCAAUAAAUGUUUGUUUCUGGGUA